ACUGGGAUCACUUAUCCGUCUGGAGGUAAGCGACGCAAACACCGCUGAAGUCUGAACUGAGUCGAAGUGUUUGGAGUUUGGCGUGGCUGUUUGCUGACUCCAGAGAACUCGUGUCUUUAGACUAACAGGAGAAGUACUGUGUCCAAGAGGCCUGUCGGUGUUUGUAGUUGUCCUUCGCGAUGAGCCAUGACGUGAUAGUAGACGCCCUGCCCUACAUUGACACUGGUUAUGACGAGCCUGGCGUCAGAGAGGCGGCACUUGCAAUGGUGGAAGAUGAGAAAAAACGUUAUCGUCCCACAAAGAAUUACCUGGAGCAUCUUCCAGCCCUCAACCUCUCUACUUUUGAGACUGAAGUGAUGCGUUGUGAGUUUGAGCGAGUGGCGGCCAGGCAGCCCAUGGAUACUCUCAGCAUGAAGCGUUAUGAGCUGCCUCCACCACCGCCUGGCAAGAUGACUGACGUGGCAGCCUGGGGCGAGUGUGUUGAUAACUCAAUGGCACAAUUGGAACAUCAAGCUACUAGGAUAAUGAAUCUGGAGUUGAUGAGUGAGUAUGGAUCUGAGUGCUGGAAGAGCCACAAUGGUUCACUGCAGAGCAUGCUGACACGCUCACAGGCCCUCCUGCAGGAUUUCAAGAAAGAAAUUCAGGAGCUCAACUGGUCGAGGAAGAGUAUGCAGACCAAAGCUGGUGAGGAGCUUCGACACCUGGAGAGCAGCUGGGUGUCUCUUGUGUCAAGGAACUAUGAGAUAGAACAGGCUUGUGUGCUGCUGGAGGCUGAAAUUGCAAAGAUGAAGGAGAAGGAAAGGGAAAGAGCCAGCUGAAUGAACCUCAAAUUAUAUUAUCUCUCUCUUUUUUUUUUUUUUCAAAUGUAUUAUUUAUGUGUUUUUGUUUUCUCCAUCUUGAAUUGUAGGAAUGUGAUAACUUUAAUAAUUAAAGUCCAUACAUCCAUAUUUAAAGGAACUUAUGCAUUAAAUACCAAACAUCAAAAUAUGAUUAUGAGCAGCUGUGUUGAAAUAGAACUAACAUUCCUACUGAAGUAGGUUAACAUAUGUCUACCCCCUUGAGUUGUUGACCAUCAGGUAGUAGAUAAAAGAAAGAUAUCUCAAUACAAUCCAAACAACUCAUUUCUUUUUUAUUUUGUAGGUUUUGUUGUUUAGUAUUUUCUUGAUUCUUUGUAUUUUUACUAAUAUUUGUUGUCAUUAAUAUACCUGUUUACUAAUUGUGCAAAAUAACAAAUACAAAAAGUGAUGGGCAUAUAUUUUCAUAGGUGAACAUAGUUUUUGUAGAGCAAGGCAUCAUGCCUAGUCUGCCUAAUGGGUUAAAUUUAGCCCUGCACAUAUGGGUACUAUAGUUAUAGUUACACAAAUUUCCAGAUUUUAGUAAGUAAUGCUUUUAACUGAAUUAUAUCAAGAGUAGGAUUUGGAUGAGUAACAAUUAGUUUUCACUGUCAUGGAUCUAACUGUUGCUGCAAUCUGUAUUGGGUGUAAAGAGUCCUGUCUUUCCUCCAUUCUUCAUAACCUCCUCCUCUUCUCAUAACACCACAUCUUUGAUGUGAGAGAGAGAGAGAGAGAGAGAGAGAGAGAGAGAGAGAGAGAGAGAGACUGAUUGUAUUUAUUUUGAGAUAGGAGGAAAAAAAAAAGGGAUAAAUGUAGGAGAGAAGAGAGAAGAAAAUAAAGAUAACUGGAAGGAUCCAGACAGGCAGGACCACUCAGUCAAUCGGUUAGAGAGUUGGGGGGGAGGGGAUGUAAGUGAAUAUGUUAGAUGGGAUGGGCAAAAACUAGACUCACUCUCUCUCUCUCUCUCUCUCCAGCUGUAGGCAUAUACAUUUGAGUCUGCCUAUCUACUAUCUAAUUACAUUUAUCCGUGUCCUACCUGUCUCCUAUCUAUCUUGAAAAUGUAAGAAAAUGUAAUGGAAAUAAAAUGGAAGAUAACACGGGAGAGAAUGGGGGAAUUAAUGAAAUCAAAUUCAAUAAAUCUUUUUCUUAAUA